AUGAUGGAGGAAAAGCCCCCCACCUCCAACCAUGGCCCCCCAGGCUGGGUCACAGCCAGGAACAGCAGCAGCAGCAGCAGCUCCUUGGAUCUGGAGUCUGUGGUGCAGCCCCUCGCCUUGAACCCGUGGGAUAUUGUCCUCUGCAUCUCCGGGACCGUUAUCUCCUGUGAGAACGCCAUCGUGGUGGUGGUCAUCUUCUACGCCCCGGCUUUCCGGGCUCCCAUGUUCCUCCUCAUCGGCAGCUUGGCCACAGCUGAUCUCCUGGCUGCUGAUCUCCUGGCUGGUUUGGGGUUGAUCCUGCAUUUUGCCUUUGUCUACUUCAUCCCAUCAGAGGCCAUCAGCCUGCUGACAGUGGGGCUCUUGGUCACCUCCUUCACAGCCAGCGUGAGCAGCUUGCUGACCAUCACCAUCGACCGCUACCUGUCCCUCUACAAUGCCUUGACCUACUACUCAGAGAGGACGGUCACCAGGACUUACAUCAUGUUGAUCCUCACCUGGGGAGCCUCCAUCUGCUACGGGCUCCUGCCCAUCAUGGGCUGGAACUGCCUGAAGGAACCCUCCACCUGCAGCAUCGUCAAACCCUUGACGAAGAACCACCUCAUCAUCCUCUCCAUCUCCUUCUUCAUGGUCUUUGCGGUGAUGCUCCAGCUCUACGUGCAGAUCUGUAAGAUUGUUUGCCAUCACGCCCACCAGAUCGCUGUCCAGAGACAUUUCCUGGCCAGUUCCCACUACGUCACCACCCGAAAAGGCAUCGCCACCUUGGCCAUCAUCUUGGGUGCCUUCGCUUCAUGUUGGCUGCCCUUCUCCAUUUACUGUCUCCUGGGGGAUUACAGCUAC